UCCAAUACUAAUUUCUUUGAUUCAAUAACUCUGAAAGGGAGCAAGACUGCUUACUUCAGUCCUAAAAAGUCGCCUCAAAAGGCCAAAUCAAAGAAAAUUAAAGAAAACUCUAUCUGGGAAAAUGAGUUCUUAGCAGUCCCCAGAAAAGUAACCAGACUACAGAAACCUCUUAGACUGCUCAAAGCUACCAGGAUGUUGACAAGAACGCCAGAGCCAGCCAAGAAGUACUCUAAGAGUUCUUCAAAGCCUGUCUUACCUCAGACUGAGCUCAGAAAGUAUAAAUAGAGUUUACCAAAAUGACUAUAAAAGAGAAGUUACAAAACUAAUGAACGAAACGAAAAAGAAUCUUACUGCAGAUCUUAUCGAAGAUAGCUGGAGUUCAGGAGUCAAGAGAAGAGAACAAUACCUGCGCAAUCGUACUCCGGAAGAGAAAUCUAAGCUUUGGCAAAACCCUAAAUUUAAAUAAAAUUAAAAGACCUAAAAGAUUUCAAAGAGCACGAAAAAUAAGUUCCAAGAAAUUCCUUCGGGCCAUCAGAUUUCGGAGAAGAAAUAUCGAGCAAAAUUACGAAAGCCCUUCUGAACAAGAGGAGAAAUAUGAAUACAUUCGUCCUGGAGAAAUACCUCCUGAAGAACUGCCAGUUCGCAACAAAAUUUUCGGAGUGGAGGCUCCCAGCCCAAAGAAGUCAAAGAUACAUUCUCCCAUUUUGAUCAAAGAAAACAUCUCGAAUGAUCACUUUGAACUUGAAGAUGUAGUCGACCCCUUUGAGAAGGAUAAGGGCUCCCAAGUUCUGAAUGAAUUCUCACAGUAUAUGUCCCAACUUAGGAGAAGGUAUGUCAUCAGAAGGAAGAUUGGAGACUCUGACACUCCUGACUUUAUCUACGAAGGGAGUAACACCACUCUGAUUGAGAAAGAUUACCCCAAUAUUUUCAGAGAGAAAACAGAAAUGAGUUCGUCUAAAGUCCUUUCUGAUAUAAUUCAGGAUGAGACUGAGAAUAUGAAAGAAGCAGCAAGAGUGUUUUUCAAGAAUUCUGAUAUUGAUCAAAUGAUUAAGAGAAUUCAGUCGUGACUUGCCAUGGUCUUUGAAAUUAAAUAUAUCGGAUACCUCACUGAUAUAGACAUAUUGGGUAGGUACAAGCUCAGGUUAGAAGAACUCGCAGAGAAAGAACUACAAGCACUUAAGAAAGAUGAAAGACAGCACCUUGACAAUGGGCCUAAAGCAUUACUCUUUGACUCAGUCACCCAAAACUACUUCAAGCGUAAAGAAAUCAAAGAAGCUAAAGAAUUAAGGAAGAAUUAA